AUGAGAAGAAAUAAUGGACACAAUGGACAAAUCAGAGUCGAUUUGCUGCCUUCUGAUAGCAUUUACUUCAUUGUGGGAAUCAUUAACAAGAAGCUCGAUCUGAAUCAGUUCCAAAAUGUCCAUUCUUGCCGCAGUGGGCUAUCGGAUUCUUGUCUCGAAUCGUUGAAACGGGGCAUCCAGGUGAUUUACUUAGACAAACUCUGCUUUUGA